AUGUUCGCCCAAGCGGAGAGUGAAGAGCUGCUGCACCUGCUGUCGCAGGUGCGCCUCGUGGCGGACGAGGAAGCACGUAACGAGCAAGAGCAAGAUCAGCAAGUACAACAGGAGCAGCCUCAUCAGCGGCAUCACCCAGGCACAGGCAGCGAGCACACGAUAUCACUGUAUGAUUCCGCUCUCAGCGCGACAGCAGAGGUACUUGGCAAGCAGAGAAGCAACGGCAGCUCGGCGACCAUCGCCAGUUGUAGCGGUGGCUCUGCUGCGGGGCGAUACACCGCCUCCUCCACUGCAGCCGUCACGAGUAGCUGGACGGUGUAUGACAACACGGACAGCUCCUUUCUCACCGACUACGAGCACCACCACGCGAACUCGUUGAACCAGCCUCCAGUGAGUCGCACCCCGGCCACGGAUGCAAAAGUGCUUCCACAGCGCUCGGACGAGCGAGCGAGGAGCGUCGAAGAAGGCUUGGCCAAACGCGGCGACGGCUACAACGUAUUCCGGGAGCCGAAGCAGCUCCUCUUCACCUCCCCCUCAGCAGCGACUCAGGUGGCCACUCUGCAGCAGAGACCAUCGCCGCACGCGCGCCAAUCCAUUCCCCCCUCUCAUGCACUCACCGCUUACACCUCAGCUGUGAGCACGGCAACUAAAGCGACGACGCCGCUCUCGAUCGAUGAUGCAGCGUCGAUCUUACCGGUUGCAGUCAACCGUGACAGCAGCGACUACCCCAGCACAACAGUAGAUAGUGCGAUGUUUCGAGGUACCCCCUUAGCAGUGGUCGUACCAUCGGUGCUGUCCGGCUACGCCAGGCGCGAGGGCACGGUGGUAGGCGAAGGCGGGCUCGAGGGCGUCUCAUACACUGCAGCUGCGAUACGGAAGGAGGGUGCUGACGGGGAUGGCGAGGAGGAGUUUGGCCGCGCCGGUGAUGGUGAAAGUGGCGGCGACCGACUAUCGGACGUCUGGACUCCGGCGCGCAGUGCUGAGACGCCGCAGUCAGCGCUAGAUGGCUCUACCCGGUCGAUACGUGCGUUUCACCCGCCGCGGCAGCAGUCGCAUCAGCAGCUUCACCAGUACCACACCACCCUGUCGUCUCCGUCCUCCGCAGCGGAGGCAGCUGUCGCGCAGUUCUUUCGUGGAAGCAGCAGCCUAGAUGCCCUCGACAGCGGCGGUCACGACGGUGCGUGGCGUGCAUGUGUCGAGGCGGAGCUCGCGGAGCUUCAGCGUGGUGGCCGCCUUCUCACAAGCGGCUCGGCAGGCACGACGGUGCAGGGAACGUCAAUUUCGACAGUUUCGCCGCUUCCACCAACGUCGACGACACCGUAUCACCAGCUGCUGAGUCGACUGCGGCACAGUCCGUCACAGGUGCCAGCGGGUGGGCUUGGGUCUGCCAACACUGCCUCCGUGGGCGGUGCGGCGCGCGCGAAUACGCCGCCGGAUCGACGCCAGCUAUCCUUCUCACGCCUGAGCAGCAUGGGGCCGACGUCGGUCUACACAGCCAACAUCACCAACAUGCAGUGGCCUUCCUCCUCCGCUGCAGCCGCUGACACAUCGACAGAGCAGGGCCGCAGCUGCUGGCCGCGCACCAACCUCACCCCGUCCGAGGCGGCAGCGUUGUGGGAGUGUCUAAGCCCGUACGAGAGGGCCACCGCCGCAGCAGCAGCGAGCUCGAACGCAGCCUCCGUCGCGGCAGCCGCGGCGCUGCUCCACACCCCUGACACAGUACCGAAGCCAGUCACGCUAUCCUCGAUUGCUGCCCACCUUCAUAGUGGCGUUGGCGAUCCGGGUAUCCCCGAGGUGACAUACGAAGCGCAGCCGUACGCUGCCGGUCCUGGCCACACAUUUGUGUCCCCGUCCGCGUUUACCACGGCCCCGGGGCGGGUGCCUCGCCCAGCCAGCACGGCACAGCUCUUUCCACCGUCGUCAUCGCAUCCCAGCCCUGCACCGACAGCAACGACCGGCACACGUGUCUCGCCGCACCACGGCUGGCACCAAGGCAACAGCAACCACCGGCAGGAGCAGCAUUCGCACACGGUGCCGCCUCGCACGAGCGCAGCAACAACCAUGGCCCUGCCGCCGCCGCCACCGCCACCGCCCGCGUCGACACCGUCAUUGCCAACAACAGCAGCAAGAGGCUCGCACAGGUCCCAGCAGCACAACUUACAGUCACCUUCCGUGCGCCGUUGGAGUCCCAUUGAUGCGUCUCCAUCGAUCACUAGUACCGGCCACAUCGCCGGUAACGCAACCAACUCGCCUCCCUCCUGCAGUCUGCGGCCCUCGCCGCACCCUCGCCCGUCCAACGGCAGCUCGCCAGCGCUGCGGCGAUACACCAUCAUCACCCCCAGCGGUCACACGACGACCGCGACAGCCACCAACAGCACAAACAGCGGCGGCAAGAAGCGCAUGGGCGGAAGCCCUCUCGACCCCAACGGUACAUCGGUCGCGGCCCGAGAAGUAUCGCGCGAGGCGCGGCCACGUGUGCAGCUCUCGCCGUUAACUUACACGACUGGCGUUGGUGCCCGUGGUAAGAGCUCGUCGCCAUACCACCACAACCCCAGCAGUCUCGCGGCCCACCACCUGAACAGUCCGUCGACCUCCGCAGUCGCAACCACCGGGAGUGGGGCGUCGAUGGUGUCGCCUGCCGCCGUUCAAGCGCUUAUCCAGCGCCUGCACGCAGCGGCGGCAAUUGUUCUGCCCAACUCGCCGUCCGCAUCGCCCGUUGUGCCGGGUGAUGGGCAGCUGUCGCGCACGACUGAGGAAAGCAAGGUCGCUGGUGCCACCGCAGUGCCGGACGUUGCCUCGGCGCCGAUCAUACUCGCCAUGUCGCACGAUCAGCACGGCUGCCGUCUGCUGCAGGCGGUGAUCGACGCCGAGUGCAGCGAAGUCGAGGCAUUCGACGGAGCGCACGACGAACUGGCGGCAGCAGACAACGCCGCGGCUGCUGCGGACCGAGCAGAGGCUGUGCGAGAUGGGUGUAUGACAGUGUCGCCGCUGGGGGUAACUGGGGCGAGGGCCGGGGAGAAGGGAAGCGUUGGCAACAGCGUCCGCGAGCGCCGCCGCCGUCGCGCCGAGGCCUUCGAGAACUCCAUCCCUGUACGCGUGGUUCUGCAGGCAAUCGAGCCCAAGCUAGAUGCCGUCAUGGCCGACGGGUACGGCAACUUCCUCCUCCAAAAGGUCUUUGACAUGGCGCCUGAUGCGGAGCGCCAACGGCUGCUGCGGCUGCCGUCGCUGCAGCAUCACCUGUGCGAGGUCGCCUGUUCCCCUCAUGGCACCUUCGCAGUGCAGCGGCUCGUCGAGACGGUGCGCAACGCGGAAGAGGAGCACCUCGUCUUCGUUGCACUGGAGCGCGAUCUGCUGCGCCUGCUGACGAACGCGAACGGUGGCCACGUUCUGAUGAAGGUGAUGGAGUGCAUUCGACGUCAGUACAUCGCCUUGAUAUCCGGCACAAACAGUGCCGCAGAGCUGUCGCCCGCAGCCAUGGCGGCGACGCCGGCAAGGACGCCCACAACGGCAUCGGGCGAAAGCAGCACUGCACCAUCGCGUCGCCUGCUCGAGGAGCGGGUGGAGGUGCUCUUUCAGGCGAUUCAGCAGCAUUUGCUGUACGUCUGCCAGCACAAGCAGGGCUGCUGCAUUAUGCAAAAGUGUCUGGACUUCCUCCACGCGUGCGCUGGAUUGUCGCCGUCGUCGCCUCUCUCCUCCUCUCCUGCCGGGGCACCGAUGGACUACUUCGAACGCAUGGCAGCGCUUCUCCUGCCCCACGUACAGGAGCUCUCCGCCCACCCCUUUGGUAACUACGUCGUGACCCGCCUCGUGGACGUCUGCUACGCACGCGGCACCACCACCACCAUCGACGCCGUGGCGGCUGGCAUGCAGCGAGACUUGGUGCGGAUGUGCACGAACAAGUUUGCAUCCAACGUGAUUGAGCACAUUCUGCGUCACUGCAGCGAGCGGCGCAUUCGACUCCUCUGCCAGUCGCUGAUGGUUUCCGCCACACCUCCAUCGACGUCAGCAGUGUACUCCUCUUCGGCUUCGAUGGCGGCAUCGGCAGCGGCCACAAAUGCCGCCAUCGCUCGCCUGCCCUUAAGCACCGUUGUCAUGGACCCGUACGGCAACUAUGUCAUUCAGACGCUGCUGACGGUGGCACCGGUGGACGAGCUGGUGAACACACGUGCAGAGGGAGGCGGUAUGCUGCCCGUGCUUCAGCAGCUCCUGCCGCUGCUCAGUUCACGAAACUACGGUCGGAAGCUGGAGACCAAGACGGAGCUCGCCUUGCUGAGAGUGGAACAGCACCAACAGCAGAAGCAGUGCCAUAGUUAA